AUGCUGCAGUGUGCCAGGCGGUGGCUGAGCCUGCAAGUGCUGGGAAGGGAGAGUCGGGCGCAGCCCGCGCGCGCGGGGCCGGAGAGAACCGCGUUGGUGCCGCAGUGCGGGAGGAGGCGGGCGAGCUGGUUCCGGGCGCUGCUGGGCAGGGAAGUGUUCGAGGCUAGCGAUCGCUUAGGGGCACCGCGCACCCGGGAGCAGGGUUCUCCUCCCCUGCCUUCCGCCCAUCGCCUCCGGGCGGUCAGAGCGGUGUGUUCCGGCUCGCCCCGGGAUGGAGGUGGGGCCGAGUCGGAAGAGCAGGUCAGUGCCGCUGCAUCGCGUGUAGCCGACUCCCCCCAGGCGGCGGACCCGGGUCAGGUGCUGAGGAGCCGGAGGAGGCGAGCCUGGGAAAGGGCCCUGUCUCCUCUGGAAAGAGUGAGCCGACUGCUACCAGAGGAGUUGCUCUCGGAAGAGAUCCGGGACAUACGGCGCGCAGACCAGGGGGAAACAAGGCAGGAGGACAGCAGUGAAAGCAGCGACUCUCACCUCCAGCUGCCUGCUGCCAGUAGGUCUUCCCCCGCACAGCUGCAGAGGGAUGAAGACAAGACGCCUGUUGACACCCAUAACACAUCGGCUAAAGAUGUGCCUUUCCAAGCCGGGGACUUGAUUUUAGCAGAGUUUCGCAGAAAAACCUACACGGAGUUUAAACAUAUGCGUAACCUGACAGCUGUCGGGAAAUUGAAUAGCAAUUGGGGAACUAUUAGCCACCUGGAGAUAAUAGGCAAACUACCGGGCCAAAUGUUUAGGACUUCUAGUGGGUUUCAGUUCCUGAUAAGGAGACCAGCCUUAGAAGAUUUUGUUUAUUUGAUGAAGAGAGGACCUACUAUUUCAUAUCCAAAGGAUAUUAAUGCAAUGCUGAUGAUGAUGGAUAUCAACCAGGGAGACACUGUGGUGGAAACUGGUACUGGGUCUGGUGGGAUGAGCUUGUUUCUAUCAAGAGCAGUUGGACCUCGAGGACGUGUUAUAAGUUAUGAAAUCAGAAAAGAUCACCAUGCUGUAGCCAAGAAGAAUUACAGGCGCUGGCGUGAUGCAUGGGAAAUAGGACAUGCAGAAGAGUGGCCAGAUAACGUGGAUUUCAUUAAUAAAGAUAUUUUAACAGCUGCUGAGGAUAUGAAAUCUAUAACAUUUGAUGCAGUAGCUCUGGAUAUGCUUAACCCUCAGAUUGCUUUGCCUGUUGUGUAUCCAAAUCUUAAGCAAGGUGGUGUAUGUGCUGUAUACCUAGCAAAUAUCACACAGGUUAUUGAUCUGUUGGAAGGAAUACGGACCUGCAAUUUCUCUCUCUUAUGUGAAAGGAUCAUUGAGGUGACUCACAAAGAUUGGUUGGUACUCCCUGCUAAGCAGAAGGAUGGCAGGUUAGCCCCAAGAGUGGAACCUCAACAAAUUGUAGAUGAGGAACCUCAACCAAAAGAAGGUGAAGAGCUUCCUAUUCGGGAUCAAGCAGAAGUUGGAGAAAGUGACGAUGUUGAAUCACUUUCUGAUUAUGUCAAACCAUAUGGUUCAGUGCCUUACAUUGCUAGACCUUACCCUUGGCAAACUGGUCACACAGCAUUUCUCAUCAAGCUGAGGAAAUAUAAAGUGGCAUAUCCAGACACUGCUCCAGAUGGCAGCUGCUAAUUUGAGUACUGUACUUUGCCAGAAUAAAAUUAAAUGUUGUAAAUGGCUGUU